AUCUUGGCCAGGCUGCCGUCCGGUCGCCGCCUGCCGCCUCCCCCCGCCUCGCCGCCAUACCCACUCCCAGACCGGCUCGACGCUUUCUCCUGCUCCUCCUCUCCCAGCGCCGCCACCCUUGGUACUCAACCCACAGCCUCUCACAUCCAUCCCACCCCAAAACUUUCGCAAUGGCAGCAUCCCACACGCCAAUGGAAAGAAUGGCGUCGAGAUCCACCGCAGCGACGGCGCGGGCUACGCUCGCACUCGAGAUCGUUGGGUACAGCCUGCAUAAGGGCAUGGGCGCCACCGAGUCCAUCCAGUCCGCCCCCUUCUCCGUUGGCGGGUACGAAUGGUGCAUCCGCUGCUACCUUGACGGAAUCAACGAACGCAAGGAGGAAAAGGACUACAUCCCAGUCUUCGUCCACCUCCUGAGCAGGCCUGCUAAGGUGAGGGCGCUCUACGACAUGAGAUUGGUCAACAAGGCCAGUGGGCUGUCGUCGCCGGUGGCCUCCUGCUUGAAAUCUCCCACGGUGUUUAGUACUAUCGAUGGCUGGAAGAAGUCGGUUGCUGGGGGGCUCGUGGUGAGAAGCGAGCUCGAGGGGUCUGCGUUACUCCAGGAUGACUGCCUCGUCAUUGAGUGUGACCUCACUGUGAUCAAGAAACCACUUCUUGCACACACCGUGGAGGUCCAGAUGCCACCACCAAACUUGUCUGAUAACCUUGGAAAUUUGCUAAAUACAGGGGAGGAAGCAGAUGUGACAUUUGAGGUUAAAAGGGAGGUUUUCCCUGCGCACAAGAUUGUGCUCGCUAUGCGGUCGCCGGUCUUCAAGGCAGAGCUCUAUGGACCGAUGGGAGACAAGACGAGCCAGAAGAUAACUGUCGAAGAUAUGCAGCCUGCUGUUUUCAAGGCAUUGCUUCACUUCAUCUACACAGAUUCGUUGCCUUCCAUGGAAGAUGUUCAGGUUGAUGAUGGUGAUGGCGAUGAGAACAAAGAAAUGGUUAUGCACUUACUAGUGGCUGCUGAUCGGUAUGCACUGGAAAGGCUGAAGUUGAUGUGUGAAGGCAUCCUUUGCAAAAGUCUUGAUGUCGAAUCUGUUGCGACCAUGUUAGCUCUAGCUGACCAGCAUCAGUGCAGCAGGCUCAAAGAUGCUUGUGUUGAAUUUGUCGCCUCUUCAAACAGAAUGGAUGAUGUGGUGGCAACCCAAGGGUAUGCGCACCUGAAAAGAUCAUGCCCUGCUGUCUUACUAGAUAUCUAUGAGAGAGUAACGAAGUCCCGCAAAACCUAGUAUGCUCAUCCUGGGUAAAAUUUAGAAUAGUUUAGCUUAAUUGGCUUGUGGCACUUGAGAUGAAUUAGUCUUAUCCUUUGAAUUUUCACUUUCUAGUGAUCUUUUGUAAGAAUUCUCAAGGCUUGCAAUGUCCUUUAGUAUUCAUAUAUGUCAUUUGGAGCUCCUUUUGUGGCUUUUGGUGGAGAAUGAGUCUCUGUCUUCCAUGUAGUUAUUGGCACAU